CCCAAAAGCUACCAGCGUCGUCGUCGGUGUUUUCCAUUUCGGGUUCUUUCUGUCAGUGUCAAUUCGGCAUUCUGCCACAUGUAUAUUACAUCAGAUUGAUAAAAUUCAGUUUUUCGUGCUUAAAUCUUCAGAAAAACGGCGCAUUCUAUCCAAUCAAGAUGGUAUUAUCGUGUAGAUUCUAUAAGCAAAAAUACCCUGCGGUGGAAGAUGUCGUGAUGGUGAAUGUGAGAUCCAUCGCAGAGAUGGGCGCUUAUGUUUACCUGCUGGAGUAUAACAACAUCGAGGGUAUGAUAUUGCUGUCCGAAUUGUCCCGUCGUCGUAUCCGUUCCAUCAACAAGCUGAUCCGGGUGGGUAAAACAGAACCGGUGGUCGUCAUCCGUGUGGAUCAAUUCAAGGGCUACAUUGAUCUUUCCAAGCGACGUGUUUCGCCGGAAGAUGUGGAAAAGUGCACGGAACGGUUCGCCAAGGCAAAGGCAGUGAACUCGAUUCUUCGGCAUGUGGCCGAUAUGAUGAAGUUCAGUAACGAGCAGCUGGAAGAACUGUACGAGAAAACCGCUUGGCACUUUGAGGAGAAACUCAAGAGCAAAGCCGCGGCGUACGAUGUGUUCAAGCAGUGUGUCAUUGAACCGUCGUUGCUGGAUGAAUGUGGUUUGGAGCCGGAAGUCAAGGAACUGUUGUUAAGCAACAUCAAGCGCAAACUGACCUCACAGGCGGUGAAAAUCCGAGCUGACAUUGAGUGUGCUUGUUACGGUUAUGAGGGUAUUGAUGCAGUCAAGACUGCACUCCGGGCUGGCCUGGACCUCUCCACUGAGGAGUUGCCCAUUAAGAUUAAUCUGAUUGCUCCACCCUUGUACGUUAUGACAACAUCAACCCCGGAGAAAGCCGACGGAUUGAAAGCUCUCGAGGUGGCCAUAGAAAAGAUCAAGGAAACGAUCGAGAAUCUCGGCGGUGUGUUCAAGGUACAAAUGGCUCCGAAGGUGGUGACCGCUACGGACGAGGCCGAUCUGGCCCGGAAAAUGGAACGGGCUGAGGCCGAGAAUGCCGAAAUCGACGGCGAUGACGAUGAGGAGGAAGACGAGGAAGGAAUCACAUACAAUCCGGAAGGAGAGGACGGCGAAGAUGCUGAUGAUAAGGGUGAAAGUGGUGACGAGGCCGAGGAGAAGAAGGAAGAGUAAAACAGAACCUAGGGGGAAGCAUUCAAGCACGACGAGGAUUAAGCUGCAAAGGGGAGUAGGUAUUAGAUUUGCGCGGGAGACAGUGGGAAGUGUUCACGCUGUUGAGUCGUUUAAUUUAUCGGAACAUCCUAUUAUACACAAACAUAAAACAAUAUUUUUCGUUCUUUCCAAGAAUUGUCGUUUAGCAUUUCCCUAACGGGGGAAAUUGUGUAAGUCUUUUUUAUCAAAGCCUCUAAUUAAUAAUUGCAAAUAGACUAGGCUGAAUAUGAUAAAACUAUACAUACUACUCAUUGUAA